AUGAGUGCCAGCACGACCUACGCGCAAGAUCCAUAUGCUUCUUCUACCAGAGACAGUACAGCGUCUCUUCCAGCCGUCGAUGAAAAGGAACGAGACGAGUUUGAUGAAGCUGAAAAGGACGAGAACGGGGUUGGAGCUACGUCCGUAGACUAUUAUGCUAUACUAAACGUGCCAAAAGAGGCUACAGACGACGAAAUCAAGAAUUCCUACAGGAGACUUGGUCUCGUUUACCACCCCGACAAACACCAGACUCCUGAACUGCGAGCUAUAGCGUCAGAUCGCUUUCAAUCUAUACAAAGAGCUUAUGACGUGCUGACAGAUCCAACCAAAAGAUACGUGUAUGAUGCCUAUGGUGAAAAGGGCCUGUCGCAUUCUUGGGACGUGGGACCGAGGCUCCAAACUCCAGAUGAGAUUCGGGCCGAGUAUGAACGCAAGAUGCAGAGAGACCGAGAAACGGAAGUCGAAAAUCUAGUGAAAUCCAGAGGCGAGAUUCAAGUGACGCUAAAUGCUACACGUCUUUUUGAACCGUUGCUCCAACCAUCGAGACGGAGACCUAGGGUGACCAGUCGACGAGAGCCAAGGAGUAUAGUCGACUACCUAGUGAUGCCAGAGUUCACACAGGCUGUCGUGAAGCAUUCUUGGCAGGCCACAAUACAGCCUGGAACAACCUUCAACGUUCAAGGAACAGCAGUAGCACGUAAUGGCAUUGGUUCGUGCAAUAUACUGGGUACAUUGAGGCACUCUUAUUCUCCAAAACUUUGGGGAGAGCUCACUAGUGGUCUUGGUGAGAACCCUAUGGUCCAACUCAAACUAGUUAACAACAUCACCCCUGAUAACUUUGUCACCGCUGCCGCCACUCAAUCAUCACUAAACUCACCACCUCCACUCCUCUUUGUCAUUGGACGUCGUCUCACUCCUCAAAUAACGGGAUACCUGACAUAUCGAACAGGAGAAUACAAUAUAGGGAAUUGGGGCUUGUAUGGGACUGGAAGAGAGCCGUCUGGUGUGUCACUAGGCGUCAUUAGUCGAGGCGAGAAAUCCCAUAUAGUCACGGAUAUCCAACUGUCUACAAAUAAUGUGGCUGGAAGUAUUGCUCUCGUGCAAGCAGUAUCAAAGAAUGUACGAGCUAGAUUGAGUCUAGGAGCGUCGACUAAUAUGGGAAUGACGUAUUCGGUUGGUCUGGAUCAACGAGUUACCAAGCAUAGUAGAGUGGGCAUGUCGGUUGAUUGUGCGACGGCUGGUGGUGUUUCAUUACGAUUGAGGUACACUAGCGUAGGCCAAAAGUUUACUCUUCCUAUAAUCAUCUCACCUCAAAUGGAUGUGAGAGUGUCGGUUUUAGUGGGUGUGGUUCCCCUGUUUGCUGGAUGGGCACUAGAUCAGUUGCUGGUGACACCGUUAAGGAGACGCUCGCGUCAAGAGAAAUUGACAAAGAUACGGCUUGACAAUGCUGAAAUGCUGGCAAAAAGGAAGAAGGAAGCCGAAGAUGCCGUGCAGCUUAUGAAGGAUACUACUGCUAGAAAGCUUGAAGCGGAAGAAGGCAAAGGUGGACUGGUGAUUAUACAAGCUUUAUAUGGUAACUUGGAGUCAGUCAAUCCGAAUCAUUUAUCCAACUUCCUUUUUGGAAGCACGUCAGCCAUUCCUGUUGUGAAUGGACAUUCAAAUGGUGGUGUGAAUGAAACUGCUGCCACGAAUCGCAGUAGUAGUACUAGUGCUGAAUCGGGCAAAGCUGGAGCUGAAUCCAGUAGUCACAACAGUAAAGCUGAAUCCAGUAUUCUCCCUGGAUCAUCACCAUCAAUACCUAAACCUAAGGUGGAAUACAUUGAUGUGACGAUACCGGUUCAAAGUCUGUCAAGUCUCCUGGGCUUUUAUGACCCAUGCUUAGGAGAAGUCAAAAAACUACGAGUUGUGUACCGAUUUCAAGGAAAAUUGCAUUUCGUGGAGGUGGAUGAUACAUCCCAAAUGGCGGCACCACUUCGAGCUCACAUGUCUGAUAUACAGUGA